AUGGCCGCCGCAGGGCUCAACACGGUUUCCUUCCAGGUGCCUUGGUGCUUGUACGAAGGACAGCCUGGAGUGUUUCGCGCCGACGGUGUGUUUGACCUCUCGGACUUUUUCAAGGCUGCUAAGGAACUCGGCUUAUGGGUUAUUGCCAGACCUGGACCAUAUAUCCGCCGACUGACUUCGGAGCUUUCAGAUGCAGCAGUUUCAGGUGGAGGGUUGCCAGGUUGGUUGCAAAGGCUGGUUGGGCAUGUGAGGACUGCAGAUUGGGAUUACCUGGCAGCUACAAACAACUACGCCUCUAAUAUCGCUUCUAUCAUUGCUAAGAAUCAGCUGGCAAUCGGUGGUCGUGUAGUUUUGUACCAGCCAGAAGAUGGAUACAGUGUAGCAAGGGAGAGCAUUGGUUUCCAGUUUCCAGAUCCAGGUUACAUGCAAUAUGUGGAAAACCAAGCAAGAAAUGCGGGUGUCGUGGUCCCGUUCAUCAACAAUGACAUCUGGACAGCUGGACAUAAUGCCCCUGGUACGGGAGUCGGCCAAGUAGAUAUCUACGGUCACAGCGAGAAUCCAUUUAAAGAUUCUUGUAAUGAUCUGGAAUGGAACAAUGCGUCUCUGCCUGAUGGAUCAUACCGGCUGCAUGAGAAAGUCAGUCCGUCAACGCCACAUGCGAUCCCGGAAUUUCAGGGCGGGAUCGUUGACUACUGGGGAGGACCGGGAUUUUCGAGGUGUGCUCAGAGGAUGAAUGACGACUCCCUUAGGAUACUCUUAAAGAACGCCUUUGCUUCCGGGGUGACAAUCCUCAACAUCUACAUGAUGUUUGGUGGGACAAACUGGGGAAAUUUGGGCUACGACAGUGGAUACACCUCAUAUGACUAUGCUGCUGCAAUUGCAGAGGACCGGACAAUCACCAGAAGAAAAUACUCAGAACUCAAGCUGUUUGCCAACUUCCUCAAGGUCUCUCCCGGAUAUCUUUCAGCAACCCCAUCGCCUAAUUAUACACAAGGAGUGUUUAUUCCCGACUCCAGGAUUGCCGUCACUAAUAUCACAGGCAAAGAUGGGAGCUUUUACGUUGUUCGACAUGCCAACUUUAGGAGCGACUGGCCGCUAUCCUUUAACAUUACGCUCCCAACAUCCUGGGGAUACAAAACAAUUCCUGUUUAUGAUUCUCAACAAUUGACGCUUUCUGGGCGCGACUCCAAGAUCUAUGUGACAGAUUACCCGGUCGGACCAGCGAACCUUACCUACUGCACCGCCGAGAUCUUUACCUGGCAGCAAUACGAAUCCCGCACUGUGGUGAUCUUGUAUGGGAAUGCUGACGAAACUCAUGAAGUGUUAAUUGAGCGGGAUGUGAAGGACAAAAACGAUGUUGAUAUUGUAUUCAGUCCUGGAGUUCACGUCAAUCCAGAUGGUCAGCUGCUAUACGCCAAAUGGAUGGUGAGCGGAACCGAACGCUUAUACCUCAAGGCUGGCAAACUUCAUUUAUACUUUGUUGACCGCAAUGCUGUGUAUAAUUAUUGGGUUACCAAACUCAAAGACUAUCCACCUUUGAUCGUCAACGGUCCCUAUCUGGUGCGCUCAGCUAGUAUAUCCGAAGGCAACAAGCUCAAUAUUCGAGCCGAUUUCAACGCCACUACGGAUGUUGAGAUCAUUGGCAUCCCAGAAACAAUAACGAAAGUGACGAUUAACUCGGCAGAUAUCGAUUCCCAUUCAAUCAACGAGCUUGGCAACUGGGAAACAACUUUUGCCUAUUCGCCGCCUUCCAUUGAACUACCCGACUUGACAAAGCUUGACUGGAGAUACAUCGACUCUCUUCCAGAAAUUCAGCCAUGGUACGAUGACUCUGCCUGGCCGCAGGCAAACGUCACGACCAACAACACGUUUCGACAGCCCCCACUCACACCAACCUCGUUAUAUGGCUCCGACUAUGGAUUCCAUUCCGGUGCCUUGAUCUUCCGUGGAAGGUUCAUCGCCAAGGGAACUGAAACAGCGUUCCGGAUCGUAACCCAAGGUGGCACUGUUUUUGCGUCGUCCGUCUGGCUCAACAGCACCUUUGUGGGCAGCUGGCCAGGGAAAGUAGAUUGGAAUAACAACACAGCUGCCCAUGAUGACACCUACCCCAUUGCGGGGUUGCGGAAAGGGGAGACAUACAUUUUGACCGUUGUCGUCGAUAACAUGGGUCUUGCAUUAAAUGGGCUUGUUGGCGGCGAUGACAUGAAGCAGCCACGGGGUAUUAUGGCGUACAACUUUGUUACCUGGGCCGGCGACGGUCCGGAGAUCUUGUGGAAGGUAACUGGAAAUCUCGGGGGUGAGAGAUAUGCUGAUAAAGCGCGGGGGCCACUCAACGAGGGCGGAUUCUAUGCUGAAAGGCAGGGUUUCCACUUGCCUGGUCCGCCGAGGAACGAAUUUCUGCCUGGAUCGCCAUUUCAAGGCAUUGACAAGCCCGGAGUAGCGUUCUACACGGCCGAGUUCAAGUUGGACUUACCAUCUGACAAAUGGGAUAUUCCACUGAACUUCGAGUUCCCCCCGAUAGAUUCCAACCUAGCUGGGGGUUAUCGCGCACUAUUGUUUGUCAACGGGUGGCAAUUCGGUCGAUAUAUCUCUUACAUCGGUCCGCAAACUACUUUUCCUGUGCCCGAGGGUAUUCUCAAUUAUCGAGGGAACAACACCAUCGGCAUCUUGCUCUGGGCUCUCAAUGCGGGCGGUGCACAUAUUUCUUCUCUGGACCUGUGGGCUCGCACUCCGGUGGCCACUUCGCGUUUUACAGUGAGCGUGGUACAAGCGCCGGGAUGGGCUCCCAGAAAGGGGGCGUACUGA